AUGCAGCAAAAAAACCCAAGCAGCACCAGGUCAGGGGGAGUGGGAUGGGAGACCUGGCCAGAUGAGGAGUUGCUGUCGAAUUCCUCUGAAGAUCUGAAAUUCUGCAUUCUUUAUCUGGCAGAGGAGCUGGAGUGUGUGCUCAGCCUGCAGGCUCGCUCCCACGAGCAGAAGACCAGGGUGUGCUGGUGUCUGAUGGACAACAUCGUGAAGCAGCAGCCAAGAACGACUCCGACAGCCCCUCCGGCAGAAAGCAAGAUGCUUGAGCCAGGAGCUGAGAAAUUAGGGGUAGUGCCAUCUGUGGGGCAGGAUGACAGCCGCCGCCUUGCCUAUCCUGGGAGAGACAGCUCCAUAGAGGGGGUGACAGAGGAAGCUGUGGCAGACGUCCAGGGCAUCGGGAUGGAACAGGGGAAGCGGACCUGCCACCUCGAGCGGAAGGAACAGGAAGCGCUCGGCAGUGGCUCCGCUGCCUUUGCAGUCCCAAAGUUGCAGGUGGAGGGGGCGUUUAGCCAAGACCUGACCUGCCUCACCAGCCUCAAGCUCAGCGGUCCAGGGGAAUUGGCUGAAGAGGAGGAAGAGGACAGCGGUGAGGCCCAACUGGCCAGGGGCGAUCGAAAACGCUGCAGCUUGUUUGAACCGUCAGUGUGCCAGCCGGCCUGCAGCCUGAGUGUGCAGAACUCUCUGCGGCGUCGGACUCACAGCGAAGGCAGCCUGCUUCAGGAGCCCCGAGCGGGCCACUGCUUCACCUCUGACACCAGCCUGAAUUACACCGAGAUGCAAGGAUCCACCCCCGGCUGGACGCUGCCAUCUCCGCAGAGCCUCAAGAAACACCUUACGAAGAACGGGGGCUCCAUCCACCAGCUCACUCUGCUCUUCGUUGGGAAUCGGAAGCAGCAGCAGGUGCUGGAUCCUGAAGGAGUUUGUGACUCAGGAGCAGCCCACAAGAUGAACAAGGCAAUGGCCAAAGACAUCAAGAACCGACUGGGGCUCUUUCGGAAGCGGCAUGAAGCCCUGGGGGGCCAGCCUGAGAACAAGGCCGACAAAGGGAUGAAGCCUCUGCGGCCUCCUCCCGAAGAAGCUCUCAAGUGGGGAGACUCACUGGAAAAGCUGCUGCAACAUAAAUAUGGGGUGGCUGCCUUCCGUUCUUUCCUGCACACCGAGUUCAGUGAGGAGAACUUGGAGUUCUGGCUGGCGUGUGAGGAAUACAGGAACAUCAAGUCUCAGGCCAAGAUGAUAGCCACGGCCAGGAAGAUCUUCACCGAAUACAUUGCUGUCCAGUCGUGCAAAGAGGUCAAUUUGGACUCCUACACCCGGGAACACACCAAAGAGAGCUUGCAAAACAUCAGCCGGGGCUGCUUUGAUCUUGCCCAGAGGCGGAUUUACGGCCUGAUGGAGAAGGACUCCUACCCCCGCUUCCUGCGCUCGGAGCUGUACUUGGACCUCAUUAACCCGAGGAAACCUAGCUCUUCCCUGUAGAAAAGAGGCUAGGUCUUCCUCCAGGAAACUUUAGGGGAGCAGUAUGUUUACAAAUAAUUACAUU